AUGAUUUCUCUGUUACAGCUUCAGUCCCCUGAUGCAAGUCCAUCAAUGAAAAUUGCUGCUUUACGCACUUUGUCAUAUACCCUGAAAACUUUAGGAGAGGUUCCUGUUGAAUUAAAUUGCAAGGAGGUUCUUGAUGACACAGCAGUAGCAGCAUUGUCCAACUCUUCACCUCUUGGAAACAAUCUGAAGGUUGAGCUUGAUUCCUUAAGUGAACAAGCUACAGUUUUAGUUGCACUUGCAUCUGUCUCCCCAAAGCUACCUCUUGGUUAUCCAGCCAGAUUGCCCAGAACAAUGCUUGAUGUAGCUAGAAAAAUGCUAACGGAAGCUAGCCAGAACCAUGUGGUUGCUACAGUUGAAAAAGAAGCUGGCUGGUUACUUCUCUCAUCCUUGUUGUCUUCUAUGCCAAAGGAGCCUCCUGUGGAGAUUAUUAGUGAUCCUUUGAGUGAUAUGGAGAAUGAUCCUUAUGAAGAUGUUCACAAACAACCCAAAGUUCACCAAGCUCUUAUGUACCCUCUUCUUGUCGCCUGUAAGUCAAUAAGCAAUUUGAGGAAGGCUGCAGCUCAGGAAGUGGAUGACAAAGUGAGACAGCACAGUGGUCUGAUGGUUGAUCAGCCAGACACUCUCCUACAAAUUCAAAAGGAAGAUGGCACAGGUAAGGAGUAUCCUUUGGGAGCUGCCCUUGAGGCCACCAAAAAUAUUUUGAUUCAAGACAGUAUAAAACUCUUAUUGGAUUUUCGUGUUGUUUUUUUAUCAAGAGUUGGGAUUGAUAUUGAAGCUAAGAGACAUGAUGAUUGGUUGGAUACAUGA